AUGCUCAAGGCUGGGCUUUUGCCCUUGGUUGAAUACAAUGAGAAGAAGUUGUUUGAGGUGAAGAUGAAGGAGAUGAAAUCAGCAUUAACAACUCAAAUAUCAGAAGAAACUGAUAUCUCUGAAGUCAUAGAAACUGUUAAGCAACAUGUUAAAGCUGCUAAAUUACCAGAUAUUGAGGUGGUGAGGAUUUUGUGGGACGUCAUAAUGGAUGCUGUUCAAUGGUCUGGUAAGAACCAGCAGCAGAAUGCUAAUGCAGCAUUACGCCAGGUGAAAAUGUGGGCAAACUUAUUAAAUACCUUCUGCACCAGUGGAAAGCUCGAACUGGAACUCAUGUACAAAGUUCAGGUCCAAUGCUAUGAGGAUGCUAAGCUGAUGAAGUUGUUCCCUGAAAUUGUGAGGUCUCUGUAUGACCAGGAUGUGCUUGCUGAAGAUACCAUUCUUCACUGGUUCCGUAAAGGAACAAACCUUAAGGGCAGGCAAGCUUUUGUGAAGGCUUUGGAGCCUUUUAUAAAAUGGCUGGAGGAGGCCGAAGAAGAAGAAUAA